AUGGGGAGGGGAAAAGACCAACCGAGCCAAGGUCCUAGAAUGAUCCCUGAAGGGCAUGGCGUGUGGGUCCACAUUGGCGAUGGUGGGUCCACAUUGGCGUUUUCUGGUACCAGCUGGCGGCCGAGCUCGACAAACCCGUCGGGGCAAUUCACUUGGAAUUUAAUUGUGUUUGGCAAUGUUUGUGUAAAUGAAAUGGUUGAGAGAAAAGACUUGUGCAAAGAUGCAAGAUCGGUUGGAGCAGUUCUGUAUUACCGUGUUUUUGAGACGAAUGCCAAUAUCAACCCAUAUGCCCUCAGGCAAGAUAAAUUUUUGGUAAUGGCUGCUUCAACAUGUUUUGACAAACUUUAG